UUUUUCGUUUGACAAACGGGUUCAGCAGGUUGAAUUAGGAUGUCGACCUAUUAAAGAAAAUGUACAAAUUAGAAAUACAAGUUCUACGACAGCAUAUUACGCUUCGGUCAUGUUUUUGAAUAUCGCCACAUACAAAUGUACUUAAAUGUUGUUGAUUUAGAUCAACAUAUGUUAUGUAUGUGAGAUCAACCCACGAGUUUCCUAAAUUGAUUUCGUUUGAAUUGUCUGACAAAUUGCAUUGAGCUAAACCAAACAAUGCCCAAAACCGUGGCGCCGAGCAGUUUAAUAUUAUUUAGCUCGCAUAUUGGCCUAAAUAUACAAAUAUUUGUGGCCAUUAGCCAGAGUUUCACUUUCAAUCGGUUCGGGUUCGAUUUGCAUAACAAAAUGAACGAACAAAAGAAUUUGGCUACCGAACAGCCAAACAAUUUAGAGCUGCUUCUGCUGCUGCUGCUGCUGCCAGAGUAGUCUCUGUCGCCGUCGACUGCGCUGUUGGCGUCAAUACGUGUUGGUUAAUUUGCAUAAAAAUUUUCUUUUCAAGCCGAGGUUCAUCAAAUUUUUAUCAACGCCGCCGCCACAGCUGUCGCUCGGUUCAGGCAAUAAUCAAAGCCGCCUUAAAAAAAAUAAAACAUGUUCGACAACAUAUUGGGGCGAACCUUAUCUUGAUUUCCAGCAUAAUUUUUAAACGCUUAUUCUGAGGCUCCGACUAGAACUAGAACCCCAAAGAUGCGCGCAUUCAUCGUCUUGUGCCUUGUGGCCGUUGCCUGUGCCGAUAAACUUGGCUACAACUACCAGCCGGUAGGACACUCCAGCUCAGGACUGUCGUUCGCUCCCGGCAGCGGAAGUGUCAGCUCUGGAGGUCUCGGAGUUGGCUCCCUUGGAGGAUCCAGCUCAGGAUCCCUUGAUAUCGAUGACUCUGGACUGGGCAGCUCAGGACUUGGCGUCUCUGGACUGGGCAGCUCUGGACUGGGUAGCUCUGGAUUGGGCGGCUCUGGUCUGGGAAGCUCUGGAUUGAAUGGACCCGUCAGUUACAACGCUGCCCCAUCCUCUGAGCUGAACAAGGAAUUCUUCACGUUCACUGCCAACGAAGAAGAUUUCGAUGAGCCACAAGCUUUGGAGCGUGCUUCUAGUUCCGUCAACAAGGGUCUCCGCGUUGUUUUCAUCAAGGGUCCCGAGAACCGUGGUCUGGAGAACGCUGCUCUGGCUCUGGCCAAGCAGGCUGCCGAGCAACAGACCGCCAUCUAUGUCCUGAACAAGCAGGCCGACAUCGGUGAUCUGGCCAACAAGCUGAACGCCAUUCGCAGCAACAGCAACAACAAGCCCGAGGUGCACUUCGUCAAGUACCGCACUCCCGAGGAUGCUGCCAAUGCACAGCGUGCCAUCCAAUCACAGUACGAUCAGCUGGGAGGCACUAGCCAGUCUCACAAUGGAGGUGUGGCCAAUGCUCUGAACUUUGCCUCGGCUCCACAGUACCGUCAGCAGAGUGCUCAAAUUCCAGAGAACUCUUACCUGCCCUCGUCUGUCCUCCGUCGUCUGCGUUACCGUCUCUAAGUAUAUUUUAUCAACUGUUUUGUUGAGCCUCUGUUAUCUAUUGAUUUGUCAA